GUCGACCGCGCUGGCCCCAGGGACGCCGACGGUGGAAGAGCUCGGGGACGUCGCCAGCUCGGAGCAGAAGCUGGCCUACUCGCAGUGGUGGCCCCGCGAUGCCGCAGUGGCGGCUGGCUCUUGCUCAGGUCGCUUCGUCGUGCCGCCGGAGGCGCCUGCGCAGCCGACGGGCUUCAACG